AUGUCGAGCUACAAAAAUGUAAUUCCGAGGAGGAGCUACCUGGAAAGGGGGCAAUCAAAGAAUAGACUACAUUUGGGAGAAAUUGAAAAAAAGGUUGACUAUAAAAAAAGAAGAGAAAUAUACAAGAAAAAAAAAAAAAUUGAAAAUGUGUUGAGGGAAAAAAUUAUGAGGAAAAACCCUGAUGAAUUUCAUACAGGUAUGGUUCAUUCACGAAUAAAAGAAAAUGAUAAUAUAUUAAUAAAAGAAGAAAAAGUUUUAAAAGAGGAAAUAAAAUUAAAAAAUAAAAGAGGUUUAUUAAAUCAAAAAGUAAAUUAUUGUUAUAAGAAAUUAAAAAAAAUUAAUAAAAUUAUUAACAACUUUCGUAUAUGUGUACCGUUAAGAUAUGUUUUUAAUAAUUCCCAUGAAAUAUUUAAUGAAAAUGAACAGAAACAAAUAUUAUCAACAGACGAUAAAAAAUUAAAAAAAGUAAGUGAACUUAAUCAAAAACGAUAUAAUACUUUAAUUAAUGCCAAAAAAAAUAUAUUAAAGUGUAUAAGAAAUUUGGAAAAUAAGUACGUAUCAACAUAUAGAAAUAUUGAUGGGUAUACUGUAAAGAAUUUAAAAGGAAACACGCCUUACCGCUUUUAUGCCCCGCGCUUCCGAUGA